AUGUCUUCUCUUCAAUACUUCUCCUCCAUAACAAUUUCCUUCGGAACUCCAAAAUGCGUAUGUAAUACCCCUCUCGUUACUCGCUUAGCUCCCAUUAAAUCCCGUAAUUAUCGUCUAACGUUGAGGGCAACGACGUCAAUUGAUGAAAUCCCACCAAAUGCAGUUCGCCGGAAAAUAGACCGGAACUGGAGAGGUGGGUUUAGUCUCGGCGUAGAUUUAGGUUUAUCUCGGACCGGAAUCGCUCUUAGUAAAGGCUACACUGGUCGACCUCUCACGGUUUUGAAAUCGAGAGGACAAAAGCUCGAGACGAGGCUAUUGCAAAUUGCUGAAGAGGAGGAGGUUGAUGAAUUCAUAAUUGGGUUGCCGAGAUCUUCUGAUGGGAAAGAGACAAUUCAGUCGAAUAAAGUUCGAUCUGUUGCCGGACGACUCGCUGUUCAAGCCGCCGAGAAGGGUUGGAGAGUUUAUGUAUUGGAUGAACAUGGGACAUCAUCAGAAGCUUCAGACAGAAUGAUUUUAAUGGGACUAAGCAAGAGUGAAAGGCAGAACAGAGAAGAUGCGUACGCCGCUGUGGUAUUGUUGGAGAGGUAUUUCUCUACACAAGGUCGAGGAACCGAGAUUAUACUUCCCAAGAGUUUAGAACUUCAAGAGAAGAUAAAAAACGGUGCACUUCUAGACCCUGACUUUUUCCCGGGAAAGCUUGAAGAGUAUAACACAUUUUUAAGUAGUUUGCUUUUGUUAUCCUCAUUGCCUUGUGGAAUUCUUGCGAUUAAUUGUGAUUUCGAUUCGUUUAUGUAG